AUGGACAACCUACAAACAGGAAUUGCGAGACUUCACAAUAUUUGUAACCAACUACACAACAAUAACUCCUGUUUAGCCACCACAAUGCAGCUUAACCACCUCUUAAGCGAUAUAGCAGUUAAUAACGAACUGUUACGGCCAUUCAAUAACGAGAUGUCACGAAGACAUAAAAGAGGAGCUCUAAAUAUCGUUGGUAACCUUGCCAACUCACUCUUCGGAGUACUCGAUUCUGACUAUGCUACAAAGAUGACAGAAACUAUAAAGAACUUAAAGGGGAACGACGAACAUCUCCUGCAACUAAUGAAAAACCAGACGUCCAUCGUUGACUCCACGGUCAAUGUAAUGAUGAACUUGGAGCAAUCAACCCACAAAUCGAUGCAAACUCUAAACGUAGCUCUCAACCAUACCGCCACACAAACAAACAAAAUAGCCAAGGAAGUGUGGGAGCAAGAAGUGAUGCAGACCUUUUCAUCAGCAGCGUUGCAGCUCUUAUUAUCAGUCAACCACUAUCAAAAGGUACAAACCAGUUUACUAGACAUCCUUAUUGACACGCACCAUGGAAAAUUUAACCCGCAAUUGUUGGCACCACAACAACUACAACAGGAGUUAUCGAACAUCAGGGAGGAACUACCUCCACAUUUACGGGUGCCAACUAAAUCGAACGAUCUACUAGAGCUGUAUAAUAUCAUGACUAUUGAAGGACGCAUCAUGGCAGAGCAUAUUAUCUUCCGAUUAAAACUACCAUUAAUAUCGGUCGAAAGUUUCGAGCUAUUCUAUAUUGUUCCUGUGCCCAUCUCUGCUAAUGGAAUCGCCACUGCAAUCACAACAACGUUACGUUAUCUAAUCGUUAAUUGGGAUCGUGACCAGUACUAUCCCAUGCCUGAUCAGGAGGUGGAGCACUGCCAUCGGACUCAGAAGUUGAACUACGUCUGCAGACAACGGCAUCCCCUAUAUCGGAUAGGAUCAAGAGUUAAUGCAUGUGAAAUGAGCUUCAUCAGUCACAUUCCUUCCAAAGAACGAUGCAAAAUGUCCAAAUUAGACAACCCAUCACGAUGGAUCCAGUUGCCAAACACCAACCGUUGGAUAUAUUUCUUCGAAGACAAGGAGAUAAACAUAGGCUGCGGCACAACAGUUACUCAGAUGACUCUAUCAGGAAGCGGUAUCAUUGAACUACGUGAAGGUUGCACCAUAAGAGAGGAAUCACUAACUAUCCAAGCACAUCAAGUAUUUCCAAGCACUAUUAACAUUUCAUUUACACCAAUUCAGAAUCUUACCGAAUUCGUUUUACCACCACAUAGCAGCGAAUUAAGUAAUGACGAAGGCAUAGGAGAAUCCCUUCUGAAAAAUUUAACAGAACUGAAGAUGGAUCUAUACAACUUGCAACAACGGGAGCAUCUAGUGACUACCAUACUCCCAAAGGACGUUCACCAUAUCACUAUCGCCUACAUUUGUCUCGGUGGUAUUCUAACAGUAGUAAUUUACCUUUAUUGGAAACACAGAUGUAGGACCUCUCGUAACACUACUACGAAACCGAUACCUCUACCUAGGAAUCUUUCAACCCCAGCCUUUACGAUUGCGAUUGAUCCAGAAUAA